CUCCACCUCUGAAGUCCCGCCCAAAUUCAAUUUCCAGAGAGUCAGUUCCCACCCCCGCCUUCCCCCUCUCUCCUCUGAUUGACAGAAAGUCCGGCCACUUCCGACAGUUCCUUCCUUCAAGCCUUCAGAGGAAGGAGAGUCGGGACCACUCAAGUGAUGUGAAGAGCGUCUGGAAAUUAGCAGAGUAUUUUCUGAAAAUGGAUUCAAAAUUCUGCCGUGUGUUCUUCAUGAUCUCUGCAUUCAUGUUUUCAAUCACAUUUUCUGACCAGCAAAAUGAACAGAAAGUUCUGCUAGUUUCUUUUGAUGGAUUCCGUUGGGAUUACAUCUACAAAGUUCCCACACCCCAUUUUGAUUUUAUCAUGGAUCAUGGUGUCUAUGUCAAGCAAGUUACUAAUGUUUUGGUUACAACAACUUAUCCUAAUCACUAUACUUUGGUGACUGGUCUCUAUCCAGAAAGUCAUGGAAUAAUUGCAAAUGAUAUGUAUGAUUCUAUCCGGAACAAAACCUUUUCCUUGGAGGACAUGAAAAUCUAUGAUUCAGAAUUUUGGGAAGAUGCAGUACCAAUAUGGAUCACAAAUCAAAUAGCAGGCCAUGACACUGGUGCUGCGAUGUGGCCUGGGACAGAUGUGAAAAUACAUGAAGAAUUUCCUACUUAUUAUAUGCCUUACAAUGAAUCUGUUUCAUUUGAAGACAGAGUCACAAGACUUCUUCAAUGGUUUAAGUUAAAGAAACCCAUAAAUCUUGGACUUCUCUACUGGGAGGAUCCUGAUGAGAUGGGUCAUAAUUUAGGUCCUGACAAUCCACUCAUGGACUCUGUCAUUUCUGAUAUUGACAGUAAGUUAGGAUACCUCAUCAGAGAGCUGAUAAAUGAAAAAUUGUGGAAUAACGUGAACCUAAUUAUCACAAGUGAUCAUGGGAUGACACAGUGUUCUGGGGAAAAGAUCAUAGAACUUGACCAAUAUGUCGAUCCAAAUGACUAUUUCCUGGUAGACCAUUCACCAGUUAGAGGCAUUUUGCCAAAAAAAGGUAAAUUUGAUGAGAUUUAUGCAGCAUUGAAAAAUGCUCAUCCUAACCUGACUGUUUACAAAAAGGAAGAUGUUCCAGAAAGAUUUCAUUACAAGCACCAUCACCGAAUUCAACCCAUCUUAAUAAUGGCUGACAAAGGAUGGACCAUUAUACAGAAUACAUCCAAAACAUUCAUGUUAGGUAAUCAUGGUUAUGAUAACGAAAUUCCCGAUAUGCAUCCGUUAUUCUUGGCCCAUGGUCCUGCUUUCAAAAAGAAUGUUUCAAAGGCCUCCAUGAACUCCACAGACUUAUACCCGCUGCUCUGCCAUAUUCUUGAUAUUACUCCAAUGCCCCACAAUGGAUCAUUGGCCAACGUCGAGGAACUGCUUUCAUUUAAAAUAGUCCCCAAGGUGACUCCACACAGCAUGACGACUCCACAGAGCAACGUGAACCCAAGGAUUUAUAAACUGCAGUCAUAUGCGUACUUUGUGGGAGUCUUCCUCGGUAGCAUGAUAGUAAUUGUGUUUCUUCUGGUAUUCGUUAAGCAUUUAACUCACAGCCAAAUGCCCACCAUACAAGAGCGGAAUGCAGAAAUAGCUCAGCCAUUGCUAUGGUCCUAAGAUUGUUUUGGAAGGGGGAUUUUUGUAGCUCAUUUUUUGUUGUUUCAGGAAAAAAACUGAUUCCAAAAAACCAACUUCAGAAUUUUGUAUAAAAAGAACAUACAGCACUUUUACACAAAAACACACACACCACACAAAUACACAUCACACCCCACACAUGUACCACACAUACCUACAUUCACACCCACAGACAAACUUGGACAAAGGUUCACAGUGCCGUUUACCUGCAUGAGAUUAAAAAUAUAACUAAGAGCAUGUCUUAGCUUUACUCUUUAGCCUUGGGAGGAGAUUAAUAUCCAAUGUUAGAUGAACUUGAGACAUAUUAGACAUGUGGUGACUUUUAAUGCUUAUAGAUACCUCACUUUCAAUUAUUCUUAAAAGAAGAUGAGUUUUAUUUUUAAAAAUCUAAAUUUUAGAAAAUUUAAUGCACUUUAUAGACUACUGAGUCCUAUAUUAGUCAGCUGAUGAAAAAGAGAAUUCAUCAUGCCCAUCACUAGCAGACCCUGUUAUAUAAAAAGGGGAAGGUGUGAUUCUUUGCCUACAAGAGAGAUGCAGAGGUUGCUUCAUAAUUAUGUAAUACAUCUCCAUAAAAGUCAGGGGACCUAGAUUUAGUGCAAAUUGUCCUUGGCUAAACAGGUCUACCUUCAUCCCAAAAAGCAGAAGCAAUUUCCUCUAUGGAUGUACCUCAUCACAGGCUUUCUAAAGCACAUUACUCUCAUACACUUUUAGAGACUACUUCCUAUGAAAGAGUAUUCUGCAAGGUUAUUUUAAAAGCAUCUUUACUCAUUAUAAAUAACUUUUCACCAUUUCCCAUUUAAUAGAUUCACUCUGAUUAACUUCACAGUUCCAACAUCCAGAUCAUUGUAUUCUCUUUUACUUACUGAAAUACAUAGAUAAACUAAGGGGAACUAAGUAUUCUGGAGUCUGGGCUUUUUGACCUUGUUCUUGGAGCAUUUAUUCUUUUUUCUUUUUCUUUUUCUUUUUUUUUGCAGGGCAGUUGGGGUUAAGUGACUUGCCCAGGGUCACACAGCUAGUAAAUGAUAAGUGUCUGAGGCGGAAUUUGAA